AUGGUGAUUAAACAAUCGAAGCAAGAAGAUGCUGAGAAGCAGCAGGAGACGAAAAGAGAAGUUUAUCCCGUCACAGAUUUGGAAAAGGAUAUUGUCGCAUGGGAACAUCAGGAUGACCCAUUGAACCCAAGAAACUAUCCCCCACUUAGGAAAUGGUUCCUCCUUUCACUUGUCAGCAUUAUCACCUUGAUUAGCCCACUGGCCUCAUCAAUCUUCGCUCCGGCUGUAGCAAAUGCAGCACAAGAAUUCGGCGUAACAUCAACGGUGUUGAAGUCUUUGGGUGUAACCGCGUACUUAUUCGGCUACGGUUUUGGUCCAUUGUUUCUAUCACCGCUCAGCGAGAUAUACGGACGUCGGAUCAUUCUCAGUGUGGCGACAUCAACCUUUGUUCUCUUUCAGAUUGGUUGUGCGCUUGCGCCCAACUUUGACUCAAUUAUUGUCUUCCGACUGCUCACCGGGCUAGGAGGAUCUGGAUGCCUUACAAUCGGGGGAGGCGUUGUUUCAGACCUCUUUGAACCGGAGCAACGAGGACUCGCCAUGGCCAUAUUUUCUGCCGGGCCGCUCUUUGGGCCAGUAUUAGGGCCUAUUUGCGGUGGAUUCAUUGCCCAAGGCGCCGGAUGGAGAUGGGUUUUCUGGGUCCUGGUCAUCGUAGGUGGCACUUUUACUCUAUUCGUGAUGAUCUUCAAUCGUGAGACGAACCCCGUCAUCAUUAUCCAGCGCAAGACGGACCGCUUGAAGAAAGAACUCAAUCGUCCUGAUCUUCGUAGCUACUAUGACGAUUCCAGCAAACAGAAGAGUAAAACGGCACACUUUAUACACAGACUGACGACACCGUUCCAACUGCUCUUUGGGUCGCCCAUUGUCGCGAUUGUGGCAAUCUAUAUCGCAGUCGUAUACGGUUGUCUGUAUCUACUUUUCACGACGGUCACAGAAGUCUUCCAGAACGUAUAUCACUGGAGUGAGCAGAUCAGCGGUCUGUCUUACAUCGGACUGGGGAUGGGAUUUGUCGCCGGCCAAGUAACAUUCGGUCUGCUGAGCGAUAGAGUCCUUGUCAUGCUCAAAGCUCGGAACAAUGAUGUCUUUGAGCCAGAAAUGCGCCUCCCUCUCACCAUUCCCUUUUCUUUUUUCGUCCCCAUAUCCUUCUUCUGGUACGGCUGGUCUGUUCAGGCACAAACUCACUGGAUUGUGCCAAUCAUAGGCUUGUUUCCAUUCGCCUUUGGCCUGAUUGGAAUAUUUGGAACCUUGCAAACAUACGUCAUCGACUGCUUUCCACGUUAUGCGGCUUCCGGCAUUGCGGCGAUCACCGUGACUAGGUCUUUUGCUGGUGCGCUUCUACCUCUUGCUGGUCCACCCAUGUAUAACGCGCUUGGAUAUGGCUGGGGAAAUUCGUUAUUGGGAUUUGUUACUUUGGCGCUGAUUCUAAUGCCGAUCCUGUUCAAUCGCGUUGGAGCAUCUCUUAGAAAGGCAUCUCCUCUCCAAAAGGAUGCAACGACAUAA